AUGGCGAGGAUCUUUCUGACUGGUGCGUCAGGCUACAUUGGCGGCGAAGUCCUCCACGCUCUUCGAUCAGCUCUACCCAAAUGCGAUUACAGUGUCCUCUUGAGGGACGAAGAGAAGGCGAAGAAAGUCCAGGCUGCUUACCCUAACGUGCGUGUGGUGAUGGGGGAUCUAGACGCUGCUGCUGUCAUUGAGAAGGAGGCCACUCAAGCAGACGUUGUCGUCCAUGCCGCAAGCACCAACCACAUCAAGAGCGUCGAAGCCAUCGCACGUGGUCUGUCAGCAGAAGCUAGGACGAAGCCUGGCUACUGGAUUCAGAUGUCCGGCGCCAGCGUUCUUUCCAUGCCCGAUAUUGAAAGGAACACUUUCGGCCAGGCAUCAAGCAGCAUUUACAGCGACAUCGACGGCGCCGAGGAAGUGCAUGCGCUGAUCAAACGCUACUCAUCUAAGCGCAUUGUUGAUAACUUUGUUGCCACCUUGCCUCCGGCGGCCACGCGACCCAAGACUGCUCUGAUCUUCGGCCCGAUUAUCUAUGGUCGCGGCCGAGGCGCUGUCAAGCAGCGAAGCAUUCAAAUUCCCGAGCUUGCGCGGGCCAACCUGCAGCGUCGGGAGGGUGUUCAAGUGGGUAAGGGCGAGAGCACCUGGAACAACAUCCACAUUGCAGACUUGAGCAACAUCUUCGUCAAGUUGGUGGAGAAAGCACUAGAUAAUGCGGACGGCGAGUUGUGGAAUGAGGAUGGGCUAUACUUUCCGGUGAACACCGAGAUGCUGUCCUUCAAGGAGAUCUCACAGCGCAUCGCACAGGAGGUCUACAAACUCGGUCUUGCAGACUCAGCUUCUGUGAAGGAGGUUGACCCUAGCGAGGCGGACUCCAUCACGCCCCAUGCUGCAGUUAUUCUGGGUACGAACGCGAGACAGGUGGCGCAAAGAGCUCCCCAGUACUUGAACUGGGUGCCCGAACGACAUACGUUGGAAGAGGAGAUUCCGCUUGCUGUCAGGGCUGAAGUAGAGGACUUGGGCUUGGCGUAG